AUGGCGACAGCGGUAGCAGCAGCGCCUUCUGGUGUGAAGAGUAUCCCUGAGCUACUCGAAACCCUCACCACCUGCCUAUCCAGCACGGGGCAAUCGCUCCCCAAGACGCAACGAGACGAACCCUCGGACGUGUCGAUCCAGCCGCCGCAGGAUGGGAUUUCGCUGCUGGAUACGAAGAACGACGUGCUGCUCUCAUACAUCCACAACCUCGUAUUCCUGGUUAUUUUACAAUUACGCGAAUUACGCACGUCUUCGAAGGACCAGGAGGAUGGCCAGGAUGCCGCCGACACCGAUGGAUCGCUGCGCGAGGACAUCGUGAAGAAACUGGUCGAGCUGCGGGUGUACCUGGAUCGCGGCGUGCGACCGCUCGAGUCCCGACUGAAGUACCAGGUGGACAAGGUGAUCAAGGCGGCGGAAGAGGCCGAUCGAACCGAGCGUGAGACGCAAUCGGGUGAAAAAUCCAAGAGCAAAAGCAAAAGCAAGAGCAAGAGCAAGAGCAAGAGCGAAAAAGCGAACCGGAAUGGUAGUGAGGAUGAUUCAGGAUCAGACGACGGCAGUGAUAGCAGUGAUGACGAAGAUGAUGAAGAUAUCGACGAGAUGGCGUUCCGACCUAAUGUGACUGCUUUCUCCAAGGGAGUGGAACCCCAGACCCAGCUGCAGGACAGAGGCGCCAAGAACGCCGAGAGCGAUGGCAUCUACCGUCCGCCCAAGAUCAUGCCUACUUCGCUUCCCUCCACGGAUCGACGGGACCGGGAAGACCGCCGCCCGCGCAAGUCGACCGUCAUGGACGAGUUCGUCAGCGCCGAGUUGUCUGCUGCGCCCAUGGCCGAGCCAAGUAUUGGAAGCACGAUUCUGGCUGGUGGCAGACGGAUGAAAUCCCAGAAGGACCGCGAACAAGAGGCUGAGCGGAGGACAUACGAAGAAACCAACUUUGUCCGUUUACCCAAGGAGACGAAAAAAGAGCAAGCCAAGCGCCGUGGCGGCCGGGCUGUCGACAGCACCUUUGGUGGCGAGGAAUGGCGCUCGCUUGGCGAGGGUGCAGACCGUAUCUCCAGACUCACUCGUAGAGGGAAGGGGACCGGCGGUGCGCUUGAACGGAGUCGCAAGAGGAAGCUCACCGAGGACGGGCCUCGAUCGGAUGGAGCCUCGGUGGGUGCUGUCUUUGAGAAGCGGAGGAAGAAGGUCGAGAGCUGGAAGCGAUCAUAGCGUGAUGCCUAAAUCUUCCUUUCUUCUUCUCUCUUCUGGUUCGGCGUUCCUGCAUUGCAUGCCAGUGUCUUGUGCAGU